AUGACUUGUCCACAAAAAGCCAGCUCAAAGAUCUUAGAAAAGGAUGAGAAAUCUAAUCAGGAUGAUAGUGCCAGAGUUAAAGAGCUCCAAAGACAACUGGAAGAGGCUCUACAAGCUAAAGCGGAAAUAGAGGCUGAACUUAACACAUUAAAAUCAGCAAGUAGCGAAAAAGUGUUGGAGAAAGAAAAUGAGAGACCAUUGGAGGACGCGAAUGACAACUCAGUACCUCCUGCACCUCCAAUGCAGGAAUCAUCAAGCAUACCUUCACCACCUCCGCUUCCCAUACUAGUACCUCCCCCUAUGGAUGGCAUUCCACCUUUGGCUCCAGGAAUGGCUUCAGCAGUGCCCUUACCACCAAGCUGGCCAAAUGAGAGUCAAAACAUUCCGCAUGGUCUUAAGCCAAAGAAAAAGUGGAAUACACCAGUACCGCUGAAAAAAGCGAAUUGGAUAACAAUCCCUCCUCAAAAAAUGACCGAGAAGUCGUUUUGGAUCAAUGUGGAAGAGGAGAAGUUUGCCAAUGACGAAAUAUUGAGAGAGUUGGAUGAAAAGUUUUCCCCGGUUACUAAGCUGAAACCAGAAAAUGAAGAGAAAAAUAUUUACCCAGUGCAGAACAAAUGGAAAAGCUCAAAGAAUUCAAAGACUCUUAUGAAGAAUAAACAGAGGCGGAACAAUUCUGUUUGAAAAUAUCAGAGAUAGAAAGGCCACUGCCCAGGUUGAAAUCUUUGCAAUUUAUUCACUUCUACCAUGAGAUCAAAAGUGACAUGAAACCUAGUAUUCAAGCAGUUAUAGAUGCUUCUAACGAGGUUAAAAAUAGCACGAAAUUAGCAGAAAUUCUAGAACUGAUACUGCUAUUAGGAAACUACAUGAAUAGUGGUAGCCGGAAUGUACGAGCGUUUGGUUUCGAAAUUAAUUUUCUAAUCAAUCAUUUUCGCUAAUCAAAACGAUCGAUCACUCUCAUCAACAUCUGAUAAACUACUAUGAAGAAAUGCCACAUAUUGAUGAAGCAUGUCGAGUCUCAUUGAAUACCAUAAAUAAAUCUCUGAAACAGUUAAACGGUAGCAUUGGAAAUGUUGGAAAAAGACAAGCAAACACUUAAGAGACAGGUGAAGCUCCUUUUGCUAGGGGCUGGAGAGAGUGCAAAAUCCACAUUUCUCAAACAAAUGAGGAUUAUUCAUGGAUGAAGUUCGACCAUGAAUAUCUCAAGGAGUUCCAACAGGUCAUAUACGAAAAUGUUGUCCGAGGGAUGCAAAGUUUAGUGGAUGCCAGGGCUAAAUUAGACAUUCCUUGGGGUGACCCUACGAACUCUAGUGCUGGAAAAGAGUUACUUCUUUUCAACAAAGUAUUGCAUUUAGAUGCAAAACUUUUUCUAAGUUACACUCCGUCCAUAGCAAAAUUGUGGUCUAACAGUGGUAUACGAAGAGCUUUUGAUCGAAGAAGAGAGUUCCAAAUUAGUGAUUCUGUGGAAUAUUUCUUGAAUACCAUAAAUAAAUCUCUGAAACAGUUAAACGGUAGCAUUGGAAAUGUUGGAAAAGGACAAGCAAACACUUAAGAGACAGGUGAAGCUCCUUUUGCUAGGAGCUGGAGAGAGUGGAAAAUCCACAUUUCUCAAACAAAUGAGGAUUAUUCAUGGGAUGAAGUUCGACCAUGAAUAUCUCAAGGAGUUCCAACAGGUCAUAUACGAAAAUGUUGUCCGAGGGACAUAGAGAAAGAGGUUGCAGGAAAUCCAGAUUAUUCAAUGUACAACCUAUCUCUGAGAGAAGACUGGACAACAUCCAAUAACUUCUGGAAUUCCUCCAUAGGCGAUGUAUCAUCCAAUGAAUACACGGGCACUGAGGUUAAAGUGAAUGGAUAUGGAAAGAAGCUUGUAAAUGGGACUUGUCCAUCAGAAGCACCGAAAUUUAAGGACAGUGUAUAAAUAGUGUAUUAUUUUUCAAAGUAGUUAGUUUUAUCUUUGUGUACUUAGAAUUCAGGUCUUUCUCUUUUGAUCAAGCUAGAUAAGAUAUUCAAUGUUUUCUAUAAUCUUGAAAUUAUUUAUUUAUAAUAUUAAUUUACAAAAAUUUUUUAUCAUUGUUGACAAUUAAUUGAAUCAUUUGCUUCAUUUUUCACAUUCUCUCCAGCUAAUAUUCAGUAGAAAAUUCAAGAAUAAAUUAAAACUCAGUGUAAUUUCAUAUUCUAGGAAGAAUACAAUAUUUUUGAAAAUUAAUAUUUUCAUAAUGAUUUAAUGAAUAUGUACCUGCUAAAUGUGUUAAGCCCAUUUUUCCUGACAUUGAAUUGUGAAGAUAUGCCACUGUAUUAUAAUUAAUAAAGUAUUAUCGAUGGAAAAAAAAA